CUGGGUCCAUUGCUAUCCCUUUAAUCCAGAGACCAAAGGCCAGUCAGUGCAGUGAAAGCACCUUGACUCUCUUCCUCCGAAGAAGGGAAGGGUGCAGCCCUCCGCUGGCAAGGUCAUGCUCACAGUCUUCCAGGACCAGGACGGAGGAGUGAUGACAGGUUUCCUGGCUAAGACUACCACAGUGACAGGAGCCUAUUAUGCUUCACUUUUGAGGAAAUUAAAAGAAGCUAUCAAAAUCAAGAUCAGCAAAGGCAUCCUCCUCUUGCAGGACAACUCUGCGGUCCACAACUUGCAUGUUCUCAUAUCAGAGGCACAGGCGUGCGGCUAUUAACUCCUCCCCUAUCCCCCCUUCUCUCUUGACCUUGCACCCUCUGACUUUCACCUCUCCCCAGCCGUGAAGUUGUUUCUGAAAGGAAAGUGCUUACCAGAUGACGCGGCCUUGAUUUCUGAAGUCACGUCGUGGUUUGAGGACCAACCUGGGGCAUUCUACAAAAACAAAUGCGUAACUCUGGGCGAGUCUUGUGGAAAAAGACUGUCUUUGCCAAGUGUCAUUGCUCUAUUGCUAUGGGAAGCCCAUGCAUCCAUCCAUCUUCUUCCACUUAUCUGGGGUAGGGUCACGGGUUUAGUAGCUUCAGUAGGGAGGCCCAGAUGUCCCUCUCCCCAGUCACUUGGGGCCAGCUCCUCCGGGGAAAUCCCAAGGCGCUCCCAGGCAGGUCAAGAAACAGUCUCUCCAGCGUGUUCUGGGUCCCUUCCAGGGGCUCCUCCCUGUGGGACAUGCCCAGAACACCUCACCAGGGAGACGUCCAGGAGGCAUCCUAAUCAGAUGCCCGAGUCACCUCAACUGCCCCCUUUCAACAUGGAGAGGCUCUAUGGGAAGCCCCUUGCAGUGCAGGAACACAAAGUUCAGCAAACAGCCGCCGCAUCCCUCAGUGUUGCUCAGAGCUGUUGCUCAAUUCCAAUCAGACCUGACUGAGGUUUUCUGGUUAGUCGGAAGUUUGACGCGCUGUAGGAGGGUUCAAAAGAUCCCACUGCAGGGCCGGAGGAAACAUUCAGGACCUUCACAGAGAAGAAGAACAACAGGAAGAUGAAGAGGCUCAGCUUACUCCUCUGUUUGACUGCUAUGGCCGCAGCGCAGCGUCCCGUGGAGCACGCCACCAGGGAUGAAAAAUGUGCCACCCAGAAGGAGUGGCCUUUUUGCACAGACGAUGACUGGAACUCUAAGUGCCCGUCCGGCUGCAGGAUCCAGGGUCUGAUAGAUAAACAGGAUCAUCUGCUGCUAAAGAAGAUCCAGAAGAUCCGUAACCUGCUGGAUCAGCACAAGGCCAAGCAUCGUUCCAUCGACCAAGUGUCCAAGCAGACCUACGACGUCCUGAGGGAGAAACUCACCCUUGAUUCUGGAAACGACAACCUGUAUUAUGACCUGGCCCAGAAUCUGCGUCAGAGGAUCACCGAAAUGAAGGUUCGGAUCGACACACAGCAGAAGACCCUGGCCGCCCUGAGGGACAGGGUCAAAGACCAGGUUGCCGAGAUGCUGAAAAUAGAGGUUGAUAUUGACAUGAAGCUGCGCUCCUGCAAAGGCUCCUGUGCCAUUCACACAAACUACCAGGUGGAUAGAGAGAGUUAUGUGGGUCUGGAUAAACAGAUCAAUCAGCUGGAGUCCUAUGAAACCCAAAGCCUCCAGUCAGUGGGGACCAUGUAUGUGAUGAAGAGCCGGCCUCUGAAGGAUGUGAUUGUUGACUCCAGGUUCAAGUCUAAGGAUGUGGCAGCUCAACAGACCGAGGACAUGUUCCCUCAGGUAAACACUGUUCAGUUUGUCUUAGAGGAGGAAGGCUCCAGUUCAUCUCCAGCCACUAUCUCCAAGGGCCCAGGUACAUCACACUCAUCGUCGUCCUCCUCAUUCUCUUCCUCGGCAACCUCCACCUCCCCGUCCUCUGCUAAAUCCAUCACUGAACUCUCAGGACGUGGAGACGGCAAUUUUUUCGGCGGGUUUGAAGGGUCACAAAGCCAGCCCAGCAUUAGCCAUUCAAGCACCAAAACGGUCAGCUGUACAAAGACCGUCAGGAGGACCAUCAUCCAAACACCUAAUGGGCCGGUUGAAAGAGUGGAGGAAGUGGGUAGUGGACCAGAAUGUGAGGGAGUCGGUGGUUUUACAAAGGGGGAGAUGGGCUCUUUGUUCCCAUCAUUCGCUGGCUCCUCCUCCUCCUCCUUCUCUGCAAUUCAUUCUGGUGGAACAAAGGGAAGCCUCCUGGCAGAUUCUAAAUCCGGCCUGGAUCCAUUUGGAGCUGACUUCGGCGCGUUCUUGACCGACAACUCCGACGACGAUGUUCCUGACUUCCACGCUCGGAGUGUGAAGAGCACGGUUGUCGAAAGGCAACAGGAUUUUGUAGGAACAGACUGCGUCGACCUCUACCAGAAGCACCUGAACGGGGAAACGAACGGCCUUUUUAAGAUCAAACCCGCCGGCUCCACGGCAACCGUGGAGGUUUACUGCCACCAGGAGGGGAUAAUGGGUGGGUGGUUGUUAGUCCAGCAGAGAGAGAGCGGCGCCAUCAGCUUCAACCGCACCUGGGCCGAGUACCGCAACGGGUUCGGCUCGGUGGACGCUCAGGGGAAAGGAGAGUUCUGGCUGGGCAACCAGAACCUCCACCUGCUGACAAAGCAGCAGGAAACCAUGAUGAAGGUGGAGCUGGAGGACUGGGAGGGGGGCGUGGCUACCGCGGAGUACACGGUCAGGGUCGGCGCCGAGGAGGACGGGUUCCCCCUGCAGGUAUCCGGGUACACCGGAGACGCCGGGGACGCCCUGGGACCCCACAACGGUAUGAAAUUCAGCACCUUGGACAGAGACAAUGACGGGUGGGGGGAGAGCUGCGCGGAGGCGUACGGGGGCGGAUGGUGGUACAACAGCUGCCAGACGGCCAACCUUAACGGGGUUUAUUACAAAGGUUCAUACGAGCCACACACUCAGUCACCGUAUAAAACUGCCAACGGCGUGGUGUGGGGGACAUUUAAACCGGACACCUACAGCCUGAAGGCGGCUCGGGUUUUCAUCCGACCCGCCGCUUUCUGAUCCAAACAAUCCGGACAUUUGUUCAUUUAUUCAAUAAAGAGAGAAACGAGGACAUGAGUGAAGGUUCCCCUCCUGUUUGACCUGUUGGUCAAUCAUUUUGAGAUUUCAACACAACCUCAAACAAUGUGAUGUACUGUAUCGACCUGUUUGUUAGCUUUAACUGUCCAAUGUUCUGAAAGUGACCCCGACUCUGUAAGGAUCAAUGUUUUAAUAAACACGAGUUCACUUCUACUGCUGUGUGCUGUCCUGUUUUAUCCAACUCUCAACAUUUCAUAGAAAACGUUGGAGAGGCUGAC